UUUCAAAUUUGUGGACUACCAAUGUACAGUUGAAUAUUAUGUUACUCAUUUUUUGGUUCAUGAGGGCAAGGCAAGAAUAGGUAGCAAGCGGGUGCAGACCCUGCGUAUUGAUACGAUGGACAAAGGUUCUUCAAGAUGGAGAGGGGCUGAUAUUCUGGUUUUUAACACUGCUCAUUGGUGGAAUCACCAUAAGACUAAAGCAGGGAAGAAUUACUACCAGGAGAGGAAUCAAGUACAUCCCCGUCUUGAUGUUUCAACAGCUUUUGAAAAAGCCCUGACAACUUGGGCAUCAUGGAUUGAUAGACAUGUCAAUCCAAGCAAAACACAAGUUUUCUUCAGGAGUUCUGCUCCUUCUCAUUUCAGUGGGGGGCAGUGGAACACUGGUGGGCACUGCAGAGAAGCUUCACAACCUAUCCCUGAGACUUACAGAGGCGAAUAUCCAGAGAAGAAUAUAAUAGUGGAGCAAAUAAUAGGCAAGAUGAAGACUCCAGUUACUUUUUUGAACAUAACUGGUUUGUCAGAUUACAGGAUUGAUGGUCAUCCUUCUAUAUAUGGAAGAAAACCGGGUAGCUCUUCGCGCGUUCAAGAUUGUAGCCAUUGGUGUCUCCCUGGGGUUCCAGAUACCUGGAAUGAGAUCUUGUAUAUGCAUUUAGAAAGUAACAGAAGAAUAAGUUUGCCUAACUGAAGCUUCAUCCUCAAAUUGUAAUUCUUUCAUUUGUUCAGCAUGUUUGAUAAGCUGUAUAUAGCUGUGAAGUUGAGGUUUGUC